AUGGCGGAACCAACUCCAACUCCUGCCGCUUCGACUCCGGCUAGCCCCCGACUUGGAGCCGGGGCUGAAGCCGAGCCCGAGCCCGAGAUCGAGCGGCCCGCUCCGGAAGUGGAGGUAGAAGUCGAUCGGGAAGAAAACGACUCGUCUUGGGGUGGCGACGAGGCUUCUCGAGCCAGCACCUCGCUCAAGUCGGUCACGUCGUCUUAUGAAUGGAAACACGGUCGCCGGUACCAUGGCUACCAGUCCGGUGCUUAUAAUUUCCCUAACGACGAGGAGGAACAGGAUCGGCUGGACAUGAUCCACCAUGUUUUCUUGAGGUUGAUGAAUGAUCGUCUAUACCUUGCGCCGAUCAAAACCGAGGGUCUGAAAGUUCUCGACAUUGGCACCGGCACGGGAAUAUGGCCCAUUCAGUUUGGAGACGAACACCCCGAGGCCGAGGUCAUUGUCGGAAACGACCUCAGUCCCAUUCAGCCUCAAUGGGUGCCGCCGAAUGUCAAAUUCAUCAUCGACGACGUUGAACUAGACUGGGCGGAGCCAGAGCAGUACGACUACAUUCACUGUCGCUACAUGGCAGGUUCUAUCAAAGACUGGCCUCGGCUCGUGCACCAAAUUUAUGAGAACCUGAAACCUGGCGGUUGGGUCGAGUUCCAAGAAUCCGCAAACACUCUGUACUCCGAAGACGGCUCCCUCAAACCUGACAACGCCAUGGUCCAAAUGAUGGAUGGACUCAUGGAAGCCUGUGAGAAGAUUGGACGGACCAUGGACCCGGCUCCGUCCUUUAGGCGGUGGACUGAAGAGGCCGGCUUCCAAAAGGUCGGCGAGCAGAGAUUCAAGCUGCCUAUUGGCAGCUGGCCCAAAGACGCUAGAUUAAAGGAGGUUGGCACACUGAUGGGUGUGAAUUUCGUGGAAGGGGUAGAGGCAUUUACCGCCGCACUGUUCAAGGAUGUUUUGGGAUGGUCCCUAGAGGAGGUCACUGUCCUUAAUGCUGGAGUACGGGCGGCGGUGCGCAAAAGAGAUGUUCACCCCAUCUUCGACUUCAUUGUUGUCACUGGGCAGAAGCCUUUGUAA